AUGCUACUCUUGAAAUUUUCAGAUACGGACAAUGAUUUAACGAGGGAAAUAGGUGGAUAUGGGAACAUAGUUGUGCUACAAAAUAUCAAGGUUGUUGAUGGAGACCUUGUAGAUGUUCUUCAGCAGCUUCCACGUGAAACUGUUGCUGGUGAUUUUAUUGAUGCAAUUGUCGUUGGGAUGGAUAUGCUAAUUAAAAAAUAUGGACAAACAGACAAGGGAAAAAAAAAGAAAAAGACUUUGCCUCAUCAUCCUAGUAAGGAUCCCUACAAAGGUACCAAAGAGGAUCAAGCCAGCACGAUUGCUGCUCAGAUGGCUAGUCAUGGAAUGAAAAUGGACUGUGUAAUUGUGAGGCAGAAUCUAAACUUAGAUGGAGAUAGAAAAUUUCUUGAGGAGAACAACAAAUUGUUGGGUAUAUUUUCAAAAACUUCCUCAAAGAUACUAUAUGUGGAUAACUCCAUUUCGUUAUUGGGUGCUCUAUAUAGGGGCGAUCUUGAAAUGAGCUCUAGUUUAAAAAUAAAGGUGUGGGUUUACAAGAAAACAGCAGAAGAAAAAUUUCCCAUGCUGAAAAAGUAUUCUGACAAAGAACCACAAACAGAUAAGUUUGCUACACUUGAAAUCAAGGUUGAUUAUCAGUACCGAAGUGUUCAAGAUCCUGCCAGAAUUGUACCUCCAGAACAAAGAAUUAAGGGGUACCGGUAUGGGCCACAAGUAGUUCCUAUUUCUACUGCAGAAUGGGAUGCUGUGAAGUUCAAACCUGAGAAGAGUGUAAAACUUCUUGGAUUUACGGACGGUUCAAAUAUAAUGCGACACUAUUAUAUGAAAGAUGUAUCCAUCUUUAUUGCUGAGCCGGGCAAUACCAAGGCGAUCCUUGCAGUUUCUUCCCUAGCUAGAGCAAUGAAGGAAAUGAAGAAAGUGGCAAUUCUAAGGUGUGUUUGGAGACAAGGACAAGGAAAUGUUGUCUUAGGAGUAUUGACUCCAAAUGUUUCUGAGAAGGAUAAUGUUCCUGACUCGUUUUAUUUCAAUGUGCUUCCUUUUGCUGAGGAUGUUCGUGAGUUUCAAUUUCCUUCUUUUGGUAGUUUUCCUCAAUCAUUGCUUCCAAAUGAGCAGCAGCAUGAGGCUGCAGAUAACUUGUUAAAGAUGUUUGACCUUGCACCAGAUGGCAAAGAGGAAGCUUUGCAGCCUGAUAUCACUCCAAAUCUAUCCUAG